GACUGCUUGAAAGAAAACCCCAGAAAUCACAAAAUCCUGGCCAUGAUCGCUUCCUCUUUUCGAACCUCCACGGCCAUUUUUGCCCUAAUUAUCCUGCGUGUCGGGGCUCUGGAGACUUUCACAGCUGCGGUAUAUGAACACGCUGUCAUACUGCCAAACACAACAGUUACACCUGUUUCUCUGGAUGAUGCCUUGCUCCUCAUGAACAAGAAUAUAGAUAAUCUGGAGAGAGCGAUUAAGCAGGCUGCUAAGCAGGGUGCUCAAAUCAUUGUGACUCCAGAAGAUGCACUCUAUGGAUGGACAUUUACCAGGGAAACCAUUUUCCCUUAUCUGGAGGAUAUCCCAGACCCUCAGGUGAACUGGAUUCCAUGUCAGCACUCGGACAGAUUUGGUUACACACCAGUACAAGUAAGACUCAGCUGCCUGGCUAAGAACAACUCUAUCUAUGUCUUGGCGAAUAUGGGGGACAAGAAGCCAUGCGAUCCCCACAACUCCAUGUGUCCUCCUGGCGGCUAUCAUCAGUACAACACCAACGUGGUGUAUGAUGCGGAGAGGAAGUUGGUGGCGCGCUACCAUAAGUACCACCUCUACUUUGAGCCUCAGUUUGAUGUCCCUGAAAAGCCAGAGUUGGUGACUUUCAACACCACCUUUGGAAAGUUUGGCAUUUUCACCUGCUUUGAUAUUCUCUUCCACGACCCUGCUGUUACCCUGGUGAAAGAUUUCCAUGUGGACACCAUCCUGUUUCCCACAGCUUGGAUGAAUGUCUUGCCCCUUCUGACAGCUAUUGAAUUCCACUCAGCUUGGGCUAUGGGCAUGAGAGUUAAUCUUCUUGUGGCCAACACCCACAAUAUCGGUCUGAAUAUGACAGGCAGCGGCAUCUAUGCACCACAGUCUCCCAAAGUAUACUAUUAUGAUAUGCAAACAGAGAUGGGAAAGCUCCUCUUUUCAGAAGUGGAUUCACAUCCCCGAGUCUCUCCUGCCUACCCGGCAGCUGUGAAUUGGCAUGCCUAUGCCACAACCAUCAAGCUAUUCCCAGUGCAGAAAAACGCUUUCCAGGGAUUUAUUUCCCAGGAUGCUUUCAACUUCACAGAACUUUUUGACAAUGCAGGAAACCUUACAGUCUGUCAAAAAGAUCUCUGCUGUCAUUUAAGCUACAGAAUGUUAGGGAAGGAAGAGAAUGAAGUGUAUGUUCUGGGAGCUUUUUCAGGACUUCGCGGCCGAAGGAGACGAGAGUACUGGCAGGUGUGCACCAUGCUGAAAUGCAAAACUACUGAUUUGACAACUUGUGGAUGGCCAGUAGACACUGCUUCUACAAGAUUUGAAAUGUUCUCCCUAAGUGGCACAUUUGGAACAGAGUAUGUUUUUCCGGAAGUGCUACUUACCAAAAUUCAUCUGUCUCCUGGAAAAUUUGAGGUGCUACAAGAUGGGCGCUUGGUGAACAAGAAUGGACCAUCCGAGCCUAUCCUAACAGCGUCACUCUUUGGGAGAUGGUACACUAAGGACUCACCUUCCAUCCCAGGCGGGACCAGCAAUUCAGCAACAACACACCUGGCUCACACCUACUUUAUUGAUGAUGGUAGCUUUGCAGAUAACAUGAUGGGAUAGGACGUCUCUUUAUUGCAUUCAUUUUUGCAGCAUAUACUCUGCUAAAUGUGUUUAUCAGGUUCCCAAGUUUACUAAGAAACUUUGAAGGGCUAUCUCAAUAGUAUAGACCAAUGAUUUCUAAGUGUGUAUUUUUCUCAGCAAGGAUUAUUUUUAAGUAUUAUGGUGAUUUCACCCCUUUUUUGGCUACUCUGAAAUGUUGCAGUGCAGUAUAACGGAAAGAGCAUGGAUGUUUGGGUCAGACAAAUGAGACUCAAAUCCCAGCUCCAGCCUUAUUGGCUGUGUGGUCUUGUGUGUGCUUGUGUGUGUGAGAGGGAGCAGAGUGAGGAGCUCCAGGGCCAUUGUAAACAUAACCAUGGCCUUUGAAGAGACCAGUAAUGAUGGGAUUGAGAGGGUUAUGACAUUAAAGACAGUUUGAACUCAUCUAGUUUUCUGUGCUAAUGAUUAGGGGGAAAUUUGCUUUCCAAUCAGGUGGUAAUAUUGAAGUUUAUCUUAAUAAUGACAGUUGUUUUGAGAUGUUCUAGAAGAAAUGACAGCUAGACUAGGUUCAUAUCAAAGGUGACCAUCCAGAGUAUUCAUAGCCCCAAAAAGUCCUACCUGAAGACUGUGGUAUAAUUUAACAGGCACAAAUCCCAUAACACAAAAACCGUGGCUGUUAAUAACACUAUUUUCAACACUGGUAGUCUACUUUUUUCAAAAUACAUAUAUCUCAGGCUACUUGAAAUGUAAGAGCAUAUUUGUUACUGAUCAUUUAUUGCAAAUAUUCUUGAAAUUAAAGAAAUGACUUUGAAUUUCCA